AUGUCGUCGCAUCGCGUUGCCUCGAGAGCGGCAGAACAGGACGACGGCGCUUUCGGAGGUGAAGAAGGAGAAGGGAAUAAUAAGACGCACGCGUUCGAUCGAAUUCGACGACACGCUGCUCACGCAAAAGACGAAUCCGGGAAGGGCACGAAAAAUGUCUCUCCAGAGUCGCCGUUGACGUUACAAUCAUUCCGAGGGGAUGUAAACGAUAACGUACGCUCUCACGUAGACCCCGCGGAGGAAGAGUACGAGCGCGCGAAGUACGAGGAAGAGGUUAUUAAAGAGCGAAUUAGAGACCGAGAAUCGUACGAGAAAACGGGGAAAAUAAAAAGCGUGGGGACUCCGAAAAAGUCCUCGCUGUACAGUCACGCCACGACGACGCAAAGAGGAGGAGGAAAUGGAGGCGGACAAAGGAUGAACGGAAAUCAAAUGACGCAAGAAGAGCUCGAAAAGCUGACGUUGGAAGAUCUAGCCAUCGAUUCAGACCCGGAAGACGACGUGGAAAAUAAUAACGCGCACGGCAGCAGCAGAUACAACAGAGGAAGCGUACGAAAUGCGAGCGAGCUCGAUAUCUCUUCCGUGUUAUCGGACGAUAGACAAAGUCGAGACACGAGUAAACGCACUGGAACGAAUUCGAGGCGCACCGAUGGACGAUCUGUCGGCGCCUCCUCGACGUCAAGGAAGCAUAACACGAGAAAAGCGCUUCAACUCGCCCAAAAAGAAGCGUUAGCCAUCGAGUCGGAACUGAAGAAAGAGGAAGACGAAAGAAUAGCCGAACUCUCGAAAUGUACGGCAGAAGAAGACUACAAACUUUUACAAGCGGCAAAGGAGCGAAAGAAAGAAGCGUUGAUUGCUCGAGAAAAUAGAAAACAUCGCGAAAGGUGGGGCUUAUCAAAAGACGCACCGGUGACGACUUCUUCGAGGAACGUGGACUUUGCCGGUAACGAACAAAAGUUGGAGCCAGAAUUUGAGCUCGCGUCGGAUAAUCCAUUCGACACCUCCGGCGGUAUGAUUGAUAGAAUUUUAGCACAAAACAACGUCACGCCUACAGCGAGCACGCCGCCAACGCGUCGCAUUCAACGACCUUCUACGGCAGCGGCAAACGAGGGGACCGUCGUCGAAGAAGAGAAAGAUUGGUUCGUGCAGUUGCAAGAGUCAUUGUUUGGGUGCUGCAUAGCGGGUGGGCAGGGGUCGGGAAGAGAAGGAAAAACUCCAGAGCAGAAAGCAGCAAAGAAAGCAGCAGCAGCAGCAGCUCAGACGAGGAACGCCCCCAGAUGA